AUGGGAAAUCUCAUUGCUGAAGGCAUUCAGGCACGCCGCUAUGUGGGAGACAUCGCUUCCGCCGAAGGUGAACGAAAGCUCAUGCGCGAGUACAUCGAAGCAAUGAAGCGAAAGUCAAUGCGAGUCUUGCACAGAGCGGAACUUUAUGCGAAGAGCGGGCAUGCAUCGUGGCCUGGCAUUGACCCCACGAUCACGGAUCCAGUCAGUCUGGCAGAGGAGUACGUUCACGUCGUGGAAAACUACGAGGCCGUUUUGAUGGAAGAAGAGUCUAGAGCAAAGCUCGUGAAGGAGAAAGUGGUUGGACCCGGUGAUGACAGUAGGGAAGGAGAGGCAGUGAGGAAGCUUGCGAUGGAAGAGGAAGACUGGGAAGCGGCCGAUGACGUUUCCUAUCGGGAAACGCUCAAGCGUGAGCAGGUACUGACGAGAGACGCCGAUGAUGCCCGGAAAGAGCUACUCGGUGAGAGCCAAGGCAUGCGAAGGAGAAAAGGGGGAGGCCGGACCGUCGUCGGCAGCAUCGUACUCCAAGAUGAAGAGUUUAUGGCUCGCCAUCAGCCUAUCGAGGUCGAAUUAACUUCUAACUUGGUCGGCCUUGUCGGCCAGCUCAAACAAAGCAUAUUAGCAAACAAGGGCAAGCUGGAGAAAGACAGCAUAGUUCUCGAUGAAACUGAAGAAGUUGUCUAUAAGAACCUAGCAGGUACAUCAAAGCAACGUGAAGAACUGAAGACUUAUUCUAAUUCAUUCUCCAUAUCGUGGUGGGCUAUGCUCGUUGUCGCUCUCGUUAUGCUGUUCAUAUUUGUUUUGCUCGUCAUCGUGCUUAAGAUCCCAAUUUGA